AUGAGUGCUGGAGAAUCUUCAUUAGGCUCGAACCCAGUGCUGCCAUCUACACAGAAUAAUGCAGAGCAAUUUCCAAAGGAAAAUGAACAAAAUGUAUCUAGCUCUAUUGCUGAUAGUGCUAACGAGGUUUCAUCAACUAAUAUAGGUAUUGGUCAAUCACCAUUACGUAGAAAACGUCGAUCUGUAAGACGCUCUGUUACUGAUCCGUUAGCCACGAUAGCUACUGAGCCCACAGUAUUGCCUGAUGUUCCAAAUUGUCCGUAUUGUCAUGCAAAACGAUUUCAUCACGAACCGACUGGUUUUUGCUGUACCUCUGGUGAGAUACAACUAUUAUCUACUGAGAUGCCGCGAGAGCUUAUGUUAUUGUAUAUUGAAGAUUCUGAUCAGGCUGUCGAGUUUCGCAGAUGCGUUAGAAGCUAUAAUAAUAUGUUUGCAUUUACCUCGAUUGGUAUUCAUUCUGAUAAAUCUUUGGCUGCAAAUUAUAAUGGAGUUUAUACUUUUCGAAUCCAAGGACAAAUGUAUCAUUAUAUUAAUGCGCUUGUUCCAGAGGAUGGUGAGAAGCCACGAAACUUGCAGCUUUAUUUUUUUGACACUGAGCAUGAAACAACGCAGCGAAUUUCAAUUUCAGCUAGAUUUCAAGAAACACUGGUGACAAAGCUUGAGGAAAUUUUAAAGAUCAAUCCUUACUCUGCAUUCUUUCGAGGAUUACAAGAUUUGCCAGACAUGGAUGAUUAUAAGAUUGUGCUUGAAACUACGCCUGCUAUAGAUCAACGAGUUUUCAAUAAACCUACUGUGUCACAAGUAGGAGCUGUUUGGACUGAUAGUUCAGAUUUUGAACAUCUUAACUCUAAACAUAUACAAAUUUAUGAAAAGAAUGGUCAAACGCAAAUUGUUAAGCAUUACUUUGCUUGUCAUGAUUCAUUGCAAUAUCCUCUUAUCUUUGCAAAUGGAGAACCAGGUUGGCAUCCAGGGAUUGAGAGAAUGCGCCGUCCGGAUAGAGGCAAUAUUAGACCAGUUACUUGUGAGGGACAAACUGUUAUAGCUACAGCUACAGCAACAACGGCAAAUGAUAUCAUUGAUGCAGAAAAUAGAGGCAGAUUACUGCAACAAUACGUGGUCGAUAUGUAUGUUAAGAUUGAGUCAAUUAGAUUAGAUUUCCAUAGAGGGAGGAACAAACAGGCUCAACUUCGAACUGAGAUUUAUCAAGGCAUAGUCGAUAGCAUUUCCAAUGGUGAAUCAUCAUCAUCAGGUAUUGGUAAACGUAUUUUCCUUCCAGCUUCAUUCAUUGGUGGGCCUCGAGAUAUGCGACGCCGAUAUAUGGAUGCUAUGUCUUUGGUUCAAAGAUAUGGGAAACCAGACAUCUUUCCGACAAUGACUUGUAACAAGAAUUGGCCUGAGAUUAAAAAAUUGCUCCUGCCAACUGAUAAAGUUGAGAACAGGCCAGAUCUAAUUUCUCGAGUCUUCCGUGCAAAACUUGAAGACUUGAAAGAUGAACUUCUGAAGAAGAAUAUAUUUGGAAAAAUAGCAGCUUACACAUAUGUAAUCGAAUUCCAGAAAAGAGGUUUGCCCCACGCUCAUUUUUUAAUAAUUCUGAAACAAGGAUGGAAGAUGUACUCUCCUAAAUCAUAUGAUCGUGUAGUAUGUGCUGAGCUGCCAGAUGCUAGCCGCCAUCCUUAUCUUCAUGAACUCGUUGUUAAGCAUAUGAUGCACGGUCCUUGUGGUGCUAUGAAUCCAAAUUGCCCAUGCAUGAAACAGCAUCUUGGAUGCAAGGAUAACUAUCCUAAGGAGUUUACGGAAACCACACGGCACAGCCACAACUCCUACCCUCUCUAUCGACGACGAGAUUUUCAGCAAUCAAUAAUUGUUCGUGGUCAUCCUCUUGAUAAUCGAUGGAUGGUGAUGGUCAGCAGCUCCUACGAUGUCCACUAG